UCGUUUGGUGAUGCAUAAGGAUAGUAUUGAGUAGUGUGCGUUUGUACUAUUGAGAUUGCUUCUUAUCUUUAGAGUUUAGAUUGAUUUAAUGUAUUAAGGGAAAUCCUGUCUUUCACCAUGUAUUAACAAUCCUUAUACACUUUUUAACAUGCAUAAAAAUAAUACAUUGAUUCACUCUUCUUAAAAUACAAAUAUGAUAAUGAUGGUAACUAUAGAAAUUAUAGCGUUAUUAGGUGAAGAAAAAUUAUAUUCCUAUUCCUUUUAAUAUAGGGAGAGCUAAGCAGUUGUGCACUUGUAUAUGAGAGGUAUUGUCAAUUGAGGAAAUUCUCCCAAAAAAUAUUCGUAAUGGCCGUAAAAUCAAUUUGGAAUCAUCAAAAAGAUUUGACAUCGGCGGAGGGACAAAUAUAUGAGGAGAUGAUUCAAAAGGAAUUUUUGUUAUCAGAGGAGGAGAAGGAGAAGGAGAAGGAGAGGGAGAGGGAGAGACGAGUGUGCGAGGAGAUUUUCAAGUAUCAACAAGGUUUGUUAGCCAGGGGAGAAGGAGGAUAAGGAGAAGGUGAGACGACUAUCCGAGGAGUUGUCAAAGGUUAGUAAAGAUUAUAAAGUUGUUGUGUUAUCAAAGGAGGAGAAAGAAAAGAAGGAGAAGGACAGACAAGGUUGGGAGGAGGUUCGGAAGCGUCAAAAAGAUUGACUAUCACUAACGGGCGAGGAAGAUAAGCAGAAGAAGAGGGAAGGAGGAAGAAGUAUACGAGUUUCUUUGGAAUCAUCAAAAACAGUAUUUAUCCGAGGAGGUGAAGGAGCAAAAGAUUAAGGAAAGAAAAACAUACUUGGAGUUGAAGCAAAAAGCAACUGAAAAUCCAUUCUCUGAUGUACCUUUUUUCCUCUUUGGAGAUGGAUGUGUGAUGCCCAACUUUGCCACGGGAGGUCAGAGGCCAAUAACAGAGGAGGAGCGGAGACGAUUAUUCCCUGAGAUAUGGGUAAACCCUCCAGCUCUCCCACCCUUAACAUGGGAUAACAGGGAAACUUUUCCUGUCACCCCUGAGAUUGCCCUACAGUUUGAGGAACAACGGCAACGUCCACUAUGUACUACUAUGAGUCCUAUUGUGAUGUCAAGAGAGGAACUUGCAGCACAAGGAAGAUGCCUUGAUGGGUCCUAUCUAACCCCCUAUUGCAAGUGCGAUGGCUGUCGAUUCCAACCCACAUAUCCCCCAUAUUUUGACCCAAUUUGGCUCGCAUACAUACGUCAGAUUCGUCAAUCCCAUUGUUUUGACAUUGAUGAUCAUCCUGGUUCACCUGUUGGUGCUUCGGUAGGACUAUUAGCACCAUCACAUGAUUUCAGUGGCGAGGCUGAGUUACUGAUGGAAUUGGCUAAACGAGCUAUCCUGGAAUAUAAUGAGAAAGAGUGCAAUGUUUUCAAAUACAAGGUUUUGAAGAUUGAGAAAGUGAAUUACACGGUGACGGCAUACUAUCAAUAUUGGAUGACCGUGAAAGUAUUGAAUCUCACUCUCAGUACUCCUAUCGAGACAUUUCAAGUUCAUGCUCAUAAAAGUAUCUUAAUUGAUGAUGAUGAAGAAGUUACCUAUUGUUGCCGGCCUAAAGAAGAGGAAAUUGAACACCUAAUCAGCUCUGCCAGGACAAGAACACAAGUAGUGGUGGGUGUGAAGUUCAACAGCAGUGCAUUGCUGGACAGACGGGAGGUGGUAUUGCUUCGAGGGAGCAACAAUUUUUCUGUGACUGCUAUAACAACCUCACAUGGGCGAGGAAGCAGUGUAGUACCCACACUUAAAAUCAUACAGUGUUAAAUCGGCAUUUGAACCCUCUGCAUCGGCUGGCAACAGUGGUUUCAGUGGCAAAACUCCAAAUUUGCCCACAAGUAUGCAUAUGUAUCAGACGAGAUGGUCGUUGAUACGUAGUAUGAAUUCACUGAAAAUGGGUUUUUAAAAGUGAUCGACAACAAUAUCAGUUAUGGGUGGAAGCCCGCCCUGACUAACAUGUUUUGCUCCUUUGGUGAUUUUGAUGAGAUAAGAAUAGUGCUAUAUAUCUCUGGACAGGUGAAUUGUGUUAGAUUUUUUUUUCCUUAUGAUUCUCUCCUAUUUUCUAGCUUGAGGCUGUUGUGGUGUUAAGCACUUGCUCUCUUUAGGUACUUGACUCUACUUUCUUUUCUUUUAAAAGUCAUUUAUUGAAAUGGACUAGACAACAUUACUAA